GGGGACCUGCUGAGCCUCAUCCUGGGAGAUGCCACCUCCCUGAAGAGCUUCGAUUCCCUGACGGGGUGCGGAGACGACAUCGCCGAGCCCGACAUCGCCGAGAGCAGCAUCCCUGUGGAGCGCAGCAGAGAGGCUGCGAAGCGGAGCUCCUGCCUCGUCACCUACCAGGGCGGUGGGGAGGAGAUGGCCAUACCCGAGGAGGCAGAGGAGUACCUCCACCAGCUGUGGAGCAGCAACGUGGCAGGGGACAGCAGCUACGGAGCCCAGGUGUCGAGCAGCAGCCUGGAGACCCACGCCUCGCAUGAGGCUGAAGCCCACCCCUACAUACGGGAUGCGAUGGAUGGUGUUGACCUCCUGACACCACAGAGCGACCAGCAAGAGUCUGCUCCUAACAGCGACGAGGGUUACUACGACUCCACCACGCCGGGGCCGGAGGACGAAGCCGGGGAUGGGCUGAGUGAGCUCAAGAAGGAUCGUCUUCCCCGGGACAGUUACAGCGGUGAUGCACUUUAUGAGUUCGACACGCUGAUGAGCCCCUCUCACGGGGAGGAAUCCCUGUUUGAGAGCAAAAUCUCACGUCCCGGGAUCUUCAGCUACUUCUUGGACUUCUGCCUCCCUGCUGAGAAGAGCCUGCUCCAGAUGAUCGACCAGAAAAGGGGGGUGAUGGAAAUGGAAGAAGAGGGGCUGGCGGCCAUUCAGAAAGAGCUGCUGUACUGGGAGCUGCAGAGGGAACCGGUCUUGAAACGACUUGAUGCUUCCAGCAAGGAGAAGUGUCCUCUUGAGAAGCAGUGUGUUGAAUGUAAAACCAGAGCUGCCAGCUCAAGUGGCAAGAAUCAGAGUGGCCUUGGUAGUGAGCAGGUGGCUUCGCACGCCCCAAACAGAGCGGGGAGCAGCGGGGGUUCGGUGGCUAGAGCUGAAAAUCCGGAGUGGAGGGAUUUUCCAGGGACCCUGUGUCCAGAAAACUGUUACAACAGCCAAAAAGCUGGAAGUUGCCUUAUUCAGCUCAUGAAGAACAACACGGGGUUCGAGCCAGACCCAGACUGUGGGUUGUUUGGGGGCUCCAUCCACGGCGGCGUAGCCCCGGCCAAAGCAGGGAUGUUCCCUGGCUACAGGCUCCCGGAGCACGAGGAUGGUGGUGGAGAGGAGAGCUCCAGCAGCAAGCCCCCGGCGGGCAGCGAGCCCGAGCACGCCGUGAGCUUCUCGCAGGCGCUGGGGGGGUUCGCCAGCAGCGGGGCCCCCCUCUCCCUGUCUGAAAGCCUGGGGAGCUCGGCCUCGGGCUCCUCCUUCACCCAGAACCUCCCUGCCCUCCCCACCAUGGUCACCUUCGACGUGGUCGACGUGGAGCAGGAAGGAGAAGGGGAGUGCGAGCAGCAUCCUGACAUGACCGCGGGCGAGGAC